CACCGUCGCUGCGACCCUGUCACAUACCGAAAUGUUUUGAUUUCGCAUGGUUAGCAGGGAGACAGAUAUCACCGAGUGUGUGUCAUGAUUUGAUUAUACUCACCAUCUAAAUUGCCAAUCAAGCUCGGGAUAAAUCAUUUUGCGUGCUGAGACUUUCAAAGAACAAGCAAGAUGCCGGUUAUCUGUAACUAACCCGUCUGGAGUAUAAUCUAGAGGAAAACAAAACAAAAAGCAUGAAAGAAACGGAUAAUGUGCGGGUUGCGGUCAGGUGUCGUCCCCUCAAUGAGAAGGAAAUCUCUACAGGAUGUAAAACUAUGGUUAAGGUGGAGUCCGUGAGGGGGACUAUCACGGUCAACCACCCCAACGCCUCCCCGGGAGAACCGCCCAAGAUCUUCACUUUCGACAUCGUGUUUGGCCCCGACUGUAAGCAGCUGGAUGUGUACAAUGAGGUGGCCAGGCCUAUAGUGGACUGCUGCCUUGCAGGGUACAAUGGGACCAUUUUCGCCUAUGGACAAACGGGUACUGGUAAAACAUUCACCAUGGAGGGUGUGAGAUCUGUGCCAGAACUUCGUGGAAUCAUUCCUAACUCUUUUGCACAUAUUUUUGGUGCCAUAGCAAAAGCUGAGGGAGACAUCAGAUUUUUAGUGAGAGUGUCCUACUUGGAGAUCUACAACGAGGAAGUGCGGGACUUGUUGGGGAAAGACCAGGAACACAGACUGGAGGUCAAGGAACGCCCUGAUGUUGGCGUGUACGUGAAAGAUCUUUCAGCUUUCGUAGUGAGCAAUGCAGAUGACAUGGACCGAAUCAUGACCCUCGGCAACAAGAACCGGGUAGUGGGCAGCACCAACAUGAACCAGCACAGCUCCAGGUCUCAUGCUAUCUUCACAGUCACCAUCGAGUGCAGUGAGAAGGGAGCUGAUGGUCAACAACAUGUCCGUGUUGGGAAACUUCACCUGGUUGAUUUAGCAGGCUCUGAGAGACAGUCCAAAACAGGGGCCACUGGUCAGCGCCUGAAGGAAGCUACGAAGAUCAACCUGUCUCUUUCCACACUGGGAAAUGUUAUUUCUGCACUUGUAGAUGGGAAGAGUAGUCACAUCCCCUACAGGAACUCCAAACUGACACGACUACUCCAGGAUUCUCUAGGAGGGAACUCAAAGACUGUCAUGGUUGCCAACAUAGGCCCAGCUGACUACAACUAUGAUGAGAGUAUCAGCUCUCUAAGAUAUGCCAACAGGGCCAAGAACAUCAAGAACAGAGCCAAGAUCAAUGAAGAUCCCAAGGAUGCACUGCUGAGACAGUUCCAGAAGGAGAUUGAAGAACUACGCAAGCAGCUGGAGGAUGGAGUGACAGAUGAGGAGGGGGAAGAUGAGGAGGACUCGGAGGACGAUGACGGAGAGCCUGGCGAGGGAGGAACAAGGCGGAGGCGGAAGAAGAGAGGGGGAGAUGUAGGUGGGAAGAAGCUGUCGAAGGAAAAGAUGGUGGAGAUCCAGGCAAGGAUCGACCAGGACCGCCGGCUGCUGGAGUCAAAGAAAGACAUGGCCGAGGAGGAGAAGAACAAGGUCAAGAUGGACCUGGAGAAGAAAGAGUCGGAGCUCAGGAAAUACCAAGAUGAGCAGGACCAGUUGACCCAGAAGCUGUCAGCCAUCGAGAAGAAGAUCAUUGUUGGUGGGGAAAACCUGCUUGAGAAGGCAGAGGAGCAAGAGCGUCUCCUCGAGGAGAGUGCCCGGGAGCUGGACGAGAGGAAAGAGGCUGAGGACACCCUCCGCAAACAGCUGGAGGAGAAAGAGCAAGAACGCCUGGAUAUCGAGGAGAAGUACUCCAACCUACAGGAGGAGGCACAGGGCAAGUCUCGCAAGCUGAAGAAAGUCUGGACCAUGUUGAUGCAAGCCAAGUCCGAGCUGGCUGACAUGCAGCAGGAACACCAGAGGGAGAUGGAAGGACUCCUGGAAAAUGUCCGCCAACUGAGUCGAGAACUCAAACUUCACAUGACAAUCAUCGACAGCUUCAUACCAGCUGAAUACCAGGAGAUGAUUGAGCAGCACGUCCACUGGAAUGACGACAUCGGCGAGUGGCAGCUGCGCUGUGUGGCCUACACUGGCAACAACAUGAGGAAACAGACACCACAGCCAGAGAAGGAGAAAGAAAAGUUCCAGGAAGUGGACCUGUCCCACGUGUAUCUCGCCUACACAGCCGAGGGAGCCGCGGAGGCCAUGAGACCAAAGACAGCAAGAUCAAAAUCCGGCAGACCCAAAACGGCAAACAGGCCUAAAAGUUCAAAGAAGAAGCGAAAGGAAAACGAACUGGAGACCUUGCUCCAGUGACUAUUGUCAGGGGCAUUCGCCCUGACUGUGUUCAAAGCAGUGUUGCUAUGGGAACAGUUCCAGGAGAAUGCCGUUGCCACAGUGCUGGCACACUAGAGCCGCCAGCCGAAGAGGAGUGAGUGAGUGCAGUACGGCGGAUUCCUGUCAGGGCUAGACGCUGGAAUUCCAUGACAACACAUCUAGCCUGUUUACUGUGAUAUCUUGCUUAUGUCAUGCACCAGUCAUCAAAUCACCAGAUCAUCUUCAUGUUGUCCGAUCUGUUGUGGCAUUUAUCCAUGAGACAAUUUAUUUACUUCUUCUUACUUACAAAUGUAUCUGUCGUCAUGAUAAAUGCCAAGAAUGUUUACAGUCUGCAUCUCGAACCAGUGACUCACUCCAUUAAAUUAUGCUAGCCCAUACAAGGUGGAUAUGCAUCAUGAUACAUGUCAUGAAAUAAUGCUGAAUUUGCAGCGCUGUGAAAUGGGAAAGGUUUAAUGUCUUGUUAGAAUUUGACCUCCGUAGGUGAUUUUUCUAAUGGCUACGACCCAAAGGUUAUUGACAUCAGAGGAUAUCCUACAAUGGUCGUAUUCCACAUAGACUUGGGGAUUCUUUAGGGUAAGGAUCUCAAUAUAGAAGUCUCACCAUUUGUACUGCUGAUCUUGAGGCAGUUGUGUGAAAAAAGCAAAAAUUGCAAAUUGUCUCCCCUUUGUCACCAGGGAUUUCAGACAGUUAAAAGAACAUGCACAAUGCACCUCUGCUCUGAGGCUUUGGUCAUCCGUAUGCCAGUGUAUGGAUCUGGUUUUUAGAAUGUUUCGUACCAAUUGACUGAAAACAAGUCAGGUCUGCUACGCAGGAAUGAGAAAACGAAUUCUAUGAGGUAAAAAGCUCUUUUCCCUAUGUGUGAGUACUGUUGAUGGUUAUGAUGAAACACGUCCUUGGUCUGUGUUGUAAUGCAUACCUGUUGUUUUUAUCAGGGAUUAAGUCUAAUUUUUGUUGACCUUACCUCUUCCAGGAUACAACAUUAUUAAUUUGAUAGCUUAAUACAAUAAAGUGUUGGAAAAAUUCUGAAAAAAAUCUUUCUGUUCAGUAUUCAACAUGUUUUAACAUAAUCUCAGUUGAAAGAUCUGAAAUAGUGUCACGUGAUCUGCAGGGAACUCUCAACUGCACAUUUGAGCAAUAUAAAGCUGUGAGGAGUAUGUGAAGUGUUACCAUGGUUACACAAAGACAGGAACAAUAUGCUUGUCUAAUGUCUUUGUUAUAUAGAUUAAGUUAUCUCACCAGCUGUAACCAUGGGAACCUUUUUUCUCAGAUAUGCUUUAACGGACAAUUAUAUAAACUGAUAAUCCUUGUCUGUACAUUUUGAAAGUGUAACUAGUUAGAGAAAUAGAAUUGUGUGGUGAGAAUAUAUAAUUUGGAAUUGAUAAUUUACCUUUGAUUCAACUGUCUCUAGUAAUAAUGAAAUCCUUUUGUUUUCAUUUUUACAAACUUUGUGAUGACAUGAACAUAUUUUCAUGUUUGUUCGUGUAUUUCUACAACAGCAAUGUCAUGUUUGAACAGAAGAAACAUCACUUUUGAUCAAUUAUUUCAUCAAAAUUAAGAUUCACAUUUCAUGAUGAAAGAAUUUCAAAUAGAUUCUAAUGUCAGAUAAGUGAAGAAAAUAUACAUUGUUUUUCGAUGAAAACUUGAUAAUACAAUAUAAAUUACAAACUUUCAGGCAACAUCAGGAGAACUGAAACAUUUCGUUCUCGGGAAACAUCUGUUGAAAGCUGUAGUUGUAUUCGUUAAUAUAUAAUGUGCUACUCAUAUGCUCAGCAUUUUUAAUUUCUUCCUGAAGCAAGAUGGCAGUUUGUUCCCAAGAUCCAGUGUCUAUUUGCUGUAUUUUGUGUGAUGUUUCUCUUGUUUGAGUUGGAGCUAAGAUGUGUGAUAAUGUACCUAUCCUGUUACUAAGGACUCUAUUUGUAUUUGUUCAUGUUUUACAAGUAUACCAUGUAACGCAUAAUGUGUCAUUCACCCAUUGUCACUUUUUACGUUUGUAUAUAUGUGAAAUCCACUGUAGAUAAUUCAUAAGUUAUUUGUAAGUUAUCGAAAAGAUAAAGAGCAAGAAUCAUA